CCCGCGGAGGGUUGUAAACAGGCUUAGCGGUGGCCGAGCUGCAGCCCUGCCGCGUCCGCGUCUCCGGCAUGCCCGAGGCGGGCGGGGAUUUCCCCGCCGCGAGCUCAGCGCCCACCUGAGGUAACUCCUGCGGCCUCGGGUCUGGCGUACCCCGCGCCGCGCGGAGCCGCCGCUGCUGGCCGCCGUCGAGGCCGGCCGAGCCCCCGGCCCCGGCAGGGGGUGUGGCUGCCAGUUGUGCGGUCCGCGACAGGUGGGCGGGUCGGGGGCGGCCGUCGAGGCCCGGGCCUCGCACCGCCCUGGGCCGGGGCCCAGGCGCCUAGCCGGCCUAAAGGCGGCAGCGACCCCGGGCCGUGGGCUCUUCCGCCCCGGUUUUCGAGGCUGCCCUUGGGCCGGGCCGAGCCGGGGGCCGCAGGAGCCAUCGGGCGCUGAGGGCCCGGGGCUGCCAGCGUGGAGUCCAGUUGAAGUGCUGCCCCCGACGGGCUGUGAGACCUUGGGCAAGUCAGCCCUCCCCUUGGCCUGAGUUUCCACAUCUGUAAAAUGAAAGGAUGGACUAGGUGAUUUCUGAGGAUCUUACCCUUCCGACGUGUGUGAUCUCGAGAGAGGCCUGUAUACAUUGGAAGCUGCCAGAGGGAAAGCAUAGCUUGAAGUCCAUGGCCCAAAAUGACUCUACCACUGGAGACUUUCUUCCGUAAAGAGGAAGACCACACAGGAGGCUGGGAUGAGCAUGCCACUGCAUCAGAUCUCUGCCAUUCCAUCCCAGGAUGCCACCUCUGCUAGAGUCUACAGAAGUAAAACCAAAGAAAAGGAGAGGGAAGAGCAGCAUGAGAAGACUUUGGGACAUUCCAUGAGUCAUUCAAGUAACAUUUCUAAGGCUGGGGGCUCUUCAGUGGCAUCCGCUCCAGUGUCCGCCUUCUCUCGCACUUCUGUCACGCCCUCCAAUCAGGACAUCUGCAGUUCCAGUGCAGUGUUUUCUGAGUGUUGUCACCACAGUCCCAUGCAGUCUGCUGUUGUCUUGAAAGCUCCUCCCUGCCAGAGUUCUCUGACACAAGGGCUCACUGUGACAGUUGUCUGUCAAGACACAGUGCAGGCAUCAAAGAGAAAUUCCCAUGGCUCAGAGUGGGUCCAGGCCUUGAAGCCUGCUAAGAAUACCAAAGCCAGAAGAACACUAAAGUUCUCAAAAUCCCUGAAUGAUGUGGGUGAGAAGGCCCAGGAUGCUUUGGAAAGUUUUGACUAUGCGGAGAGAACUUGCUCUGAAGGGAAACUGAUACUCCCUCAAGACCCGUGUCUCAGUAUUAACAGGUUCCACCAGAAAGAAAAAAGAACACUGAAUCGCAAACCUCUUGGCAGUUCCAAACAUUCUUGUGUUUCAUCCCUUUCCGCCAAUCGUUCAGCGGCCUCAGAGGCGGGAGCCGGCAAGGGGGGCAUGCACGUCCUGCUUCUGGACGAGAAGGCAGAUGGCGAGGCCGUGUCCAGAAGCCGGCGGCUGCUCCGGUACCUGUUCUCGCUGUCACACGGCUUGAGCACCAGCAGCCUGCACUGGUUCCACGAGCUGGAGAGCUGCGCUGCCGGCCCGCACCCCGCCAAGUCCUCCAGCGGGCCGGCCGGGAGCGCGGGCUUCUGCUCCGACGAAACGGGAGAUGAUGACGUCUUUGAGGACAGCACAUCCGCAAAACCGAAGAGCAGGGUCCUGCGGGCGCCCAUCUGCUCAGCGGAAAAGGACAGUGACCUGGAUGGUCCUUCCCCUCUCUCUGAAAAGGGCCCCCCCAUCUCUCCCGUGUCCACAUCAGGGGAUGCCUGCAGGAUCUGUCACUGUGAAGGGGAUGACGAGAGCCCUCUGAUCACACCCUGCCACUGCACAGGGAGCCUCCACUUUGUGCACCAGACCUGCCUGCAGCAGUGGAUCAAGAGCUCCGACACACGCUGCUGUGAGCUGUGCAAGUACGAGUUCAUCAUGGAGACCAAGCUGAAGCCUCUGAGAAAAUGGGAGAAGCUGCAGAUGACAGCCAGUGAGCGCAGGAAGAUCAUGUGCUCCGUGACGUUCCACAUCAUCGCCAUCACCUGUGUGGUCUGGUCCUUGUACGUGCUCAUCGACCGCACUGCUGAGGAGAUCAAGCAGGGGCAGGCAACAGUGACUCUCCUGGAAAACCCUGACGUCAGCUGUGCACGGCUGGGUUCUGCUUCCGCCAGCGUGUCUACAGGAAGGGAAGUUGGAAGAGCCUGUAACACCGUGAUGGGGCGCUGGCUGGGUUCUGGCCUGUAGUCUUGAGCAGAAUGAGAGAAUAAGAUGCCAAACCUGAGGUUAGAGCAGGAGCUGGUAGCGCCUGGGCCCUGAUGCGCCUCUUCCAGUUGGCAGGUCCCCUCACCGACCCUCUGGAGUGGAGUGUUGGGAACAUCUAGCCAUGAGGAGAGGCUUCCCCCUCACCAAGCAGAGCGUGGGGAGGCCGCCACUGACAGUUCCUGAGCAGACGGGCCGUGGUGCUCUGUGCGUGGUGGUGAGUGAUUCACUAAGCAAAGCAAAGCACUUUACAAAAAGAGAAUCUGUAUUUUGUAAUAUGUGUGUCCCAUGGGAUUGACAUUUAAAAGGACGUCUCAUUUAGAAACCUUCCCUUCAUGACCCUGAUUAUCUCUUUCACAUUAUAAUAGAUCUAAAACCCUUUUUGCCUUAUAUAUGCUAAGAAACGUGACAUCUACUCUGUGUCCAUAAAAGGGACUUGUGACUCUAAAGCAGGACAAACAGGUCUGAGGCUUUUUCGUAACACCUUAUGGGAAUUAAUGGAUGCUAAAUGGCAAUUCGAGCGUAAUUCCUGUGGUUUUGAGCCUGUUUUAUGACAAGUCUUCAUGUCAUAGGGCUGCCCUGAAUGUUUCUUUUUUUUCGGUCAGCCUGGAAGAAGGGUUCAUGAGAUCUAAAUGAAAAGAAGUGAGUAAUUAGAACAAAACUGAAUAUUUAAAAACUAUUCCUUUAAAGACAAACCUCUCCAGUUUGUGCUGGCUUCACACUGAUGGAGUAGGCAUUGCAUCGCCCUGGUCUGGGGCGUGCACACUGGAGGUGCUCCUGGGUGCCUGCCACUCAGCCAGCCCCUGCUCCUGGCACAUUCUGUGGAUCACUGCCCAGGGCAGAGAGGCAGACGGGCUGGCUCUGGGGUGAGGGCCAGGAGUGAGCAGCAAACUGCCCUGGUCCACUGUGUCCCUGAUCCCAGCCACUCCCCUGCCCAUUUGUCGCCUUAACUGGACUGAACAGAGAGGAUCCUUUAGGGGCCCCUGGCCCUGCUAUCAGUCCAUUCUGUCAUCAGGGAUUAUCUCCUGUACCAUUUUUCAUAAAACAAAACCAAAAUUACUACCAUCAAAUGGCCUUUGUCCUUUUAAAAAGGUCUGCUUAAAAUUCUGUUUCUAAAGACCAGUUUCAUCAUGCCAGGCAAAUAAGAGUCAACUCCAGGAAAAUAGGCCAGGGGAGUCUGCGGUGUAAGUUAGGUAUGCCCGGAUACUUACUCUCCAGGAAGCUCUGCAGAUGAGCAUCUGGGGUGAGAUGCCUGGGGAUCCUGCCCGCCAUCCUCCGAGCCUUAGCUGCUUCAUCCAGCUGUUAAGAGGAGGAAGCAAACAGAAGAUGAUUGCUUUCCAUUUCAGAGUAGAAGCCCCAUGGUUUGUUUUGAAAGCCAGGAGGAGGCUGAAGGAUCUUUAAGCUCUGGAGGAGGGCUUUGCCCUGCCAUGGCGUCUCUGGUCUGGCAGCUGCUGUCCAGUUGUAGCCCAUCCCUGGAAAUAGGUCAGCCGGCCCUCUCUGUCUCCCAGGGCACAUCCAGCCCGUGCCUGUGCUCACUGUGCCCCAAAGUGCAAUUACCUACACCCCUUCUCAGCCUGGGGACACCAAGCAGCUACAGACUGUCCACUCAGGAGAAUCCCAGGUCAGCCCUGCCUGUGCCCCUUAGGAACUGCCUGGGCAAGGCCCCUUGUCCCUCUAACGGCGGAUGAGUGGUCAAGGGAAGACUGGGAUAGAUUUUUAAGUGGGAAUCUUUCCCUUUCCCCCCGGUGGAACCCCUUAUGCUGGACUUGAAAAGCACUGAGACUUUCUAUAGAGAGGAGAGUGUGCUUAGGUGGCGCAGCCCCAGGGCAGCCCACCCAGUGUGCCUGGCACCCUCUAUGGCGGAGGUGCCUUUAUAACCAUGACUGUUGUGUUGCUCCCAUGCCCAACCAGACUCUCGCGGGAAGCCCUGUCGCUUCUUCUUAGGAAGGGCCUAAACACCAUCUCGUCACCUCCAGCCAAGCUCCUAAAAGCCUCUGCCUGUGGACAGUCAGCCCCAUGUCCUUCUUUUCUCUCCUGGGGUGGCACACAGCUACCCGGUUGCCUUUCUCUUUCCUCGCAGGUUCUGUUGAGCACCUCUGCCCCCCUACUGAGUCCCAGGGCUAAUCUCUUCCCCGAAGGGACUAACGGUGAGUGUGAAGCCCUGCCAAGGUUGGGCUGUGCUGCCACCUAGUGGGAGCUGUGGAUCUGCCAGGCAUUCCUUUAGUCUGUGUCAGGGGGCUUAAUUAUUCCCCAUUUCCUCAUCAUUUUGCACCUGGCUUUAGUGAGAAGAUGACACUUGGCUGAACUAUAUAGAAACAUGGAAUGAGCUUGCAGGUCUCAGGGCCAGGGGGGCUGAUAUUUGUAGGCCAGGCGAGGGGGAGAGGGAAGCAGCCUCAGGGGUGUCGCCAGCCAGCCAUCUCUGAUUUGGCCUCUGUUUCCCCUCAAAUUAUAGUUCAACUGAAGGGCUUUUGUGCUUGGGUUUAUUUUAAGAUUUUCCUGAAAAUCGUGAAAGACCUCUUCCUACCACAGGCCCCUAAUGUCACUUCCUUUUUUGCUUCCAUCCACUCUUUUCAAUCUUAUGGGUCCAGUUUCAAAACCUGCGGGUGUGCCCGACCUGGCCACAGACAUACGGACCCCAGGCAGUUGGGCCCGUUCAAGAGCCUCAGCUAAGGCCUGCACGGGUUCGAGCUGCCUGUGCUGCCUGGUGGUCGGCUGCAGAGCUGGAGGAGGACUGGGCACGGCAGGGUGUAAGAUCCACGACACUGUGGAUUUGGCCUAAUGCAAAUACGCAUUUGAGAUACUUCCCCUCUUGGAUCUGAUUUGAAAUAUGCAGCUUCCAUCUCUAGUCCAAGGAAAGACUGAAACAUAGGGAAGUAAAAGCAUUUGUCUUUGUUUUGGAAGUAAUUGUGCAACUCAUCACCUAUUUAGAUGCAGUGUUUGUAGGAGGUUGAUUGUUAAUAAAGACCAAAUUUACACUGGCA